AUGGCUCACCGAGAAGUCACACCCGAGUCGCCUGGUCUUCGCACUCCCCCCGUCACGCCAGCAGCUACACCUACAAAGCCAGUACCGGGAGCCGAAAAUUUAGCUGCCCGCCAGGCCACUAUUCAAGCACUGUCCUCAGAGUUGGAAACAUUGAAAAAACAGUACAAUGAGCUCGUUAGUCGAAAGAUACUCCAUCCGUCCUGGCGUCUGCAUAAAGGUAGUAGUGCUCAGCCGUCACGAACAACAUCGCCAACCUAUAAUUCUUCACCAAACCAUAACAUCUCAGACCCCGUUACCAAGGUAUCUCCUGAACCCGAAACGACAAAAUCGCCAAAUGUCGACAAGCCAACCCAGGGCUACCUCAGGAAGAGAUUGCCCAAAAGUAGUACUGCUCAGCCGUCACGAACAACAUCACAAACCUACAAUUCUUCACCAACCCAUGACAGCCCAGACCCCCUUACCGAGACAUCUCCCAGAUCGAGAACAACAAAACCGCCAACUGCCGACAAGAGAAUCCAGACCUGCCUCGGAAAACCAUUGCCCCGCGCCCAGUGCGAGUCCAGCGGCGUGGGCAACAAUUACAUUUUCCAAGUGACCCCAAAGGACUUUCCCGACAUGACCAUCAUCAAGAUUGGCGUGACCAAGGGGCCCGAACACGUCAGGCUGGCGGGCAUUGCCAGGGACUGCGAGCACCUCAUGGUGGAGGCCCAAGACGACCCGGAACACCUGCCCAUCCGGCUCUACCAGCGGGCCGAGACGCUGGCGCACCAGGAGCUGCGAGAGUACAGGUGGCCGGUCGGCUGCCGCUGCAAGGUCAGGACUCAUCGGGAGUACUUCCACGUGCCGAGGGACGUGGCCUUGGAGGUGGUGCAGAGAUGGAGAGAGUUUUGCCGCCGCGAGCCCUACGACGGCCAAGGACAGCUGCGCCCGUUUUGGCGGCAGCGUCUCGACAGGUUCACUUCCCUUUGCGGCGUCGCGGAGUCCGAGGCGGACCAUUGGGAGAGAUCCAAAAGAUGGACCAAGUUCAUGAAUCCUAAAAAACAUGAAAUCAUGUGGUACGACGUGAAGCAAAUGCUGAGCAGCCUAUGGAAGUGGAGGUGGCUUGCUGUGGCACUUGUCCAGAGCUUUUCCAUAGCCAUCCUGGCUCUUCCCCGGGUUUAUCCCAUAGUCAUGUUUGCUUUCAUGGUAACUUGGGUGUCUGCAGAGACUUCUGGCAUAGCACAACCCCUGUUUCCAAGGGCUAUCGGAUGGGCACCAGCAAUUAUUCGCCGAGCUGAACAUGAUGGAUUAGGUGAUGAGUUGACUCUUCUAGACGGGUCUGUCUACAUUGAUCCAUUUGACGAGGAAGAUGAUCGAGACUUGGAAGAUGUGGAAAUGAACGAAGCUUAA